AUGCCUCCUCCCUGGCUAUCGUGGGCUGGCGAGCUUUUAAAACGGCAAACUGACUAUGGUCAGAACCAGCUGGAGCUAUUUUCUGACUACCAGAACUUGGUCCAACGAGCGUUGGCCAUUCUGUCCUCCCUGGUGGCCAUAUUUGCCUGCUUGCUAGCCAUGUAUUGCUUUUUGGCCAUCGACCCAAAGCGCUUGGUGUUCCGCCACCAACUCAUUGCAUUCCUCCUACUAUUCGACCUACUAAAAGCUUGUAUUUUGUUACUAUAUCCAGCCCGUGUGCUUACCCACCCAACGGCGUACGUCAACAAACGGUUUUGCCAGGUUGUGGGCAUCUUCACCGCCACAGCUAUCGAAGGCGCCGACUUGGCCAUCUUGUCCUUCGCUUUACAUACCUUGUUGCUUAUCUUCCGGCCCCAGCUUUCCGUCAAGUUGCCCGAAACGGGCCGUGUUGAAGGCGGUUUGUACAAGUAUCGUUACUACGUUUACGGCCUUUCCUUCGUCAUACCUUUGGUCAUGGCGUCAUUAGCAUAUAUCGGCGUCGGCUACAUCUCCUUCGUGUGCUGGUGCUACCUCCCGCAGCAGCCGGUCUGGUACCGGUUGGUGCUUAGCUGGGUUCCCCGCUACCUUAUCAUUGUCAUCAUCAUCCUCGUCUACGGACUCAUUUAUUACUACGUCCUCAAGGAAUUCAGAGCCUUGGGCGGCGUAUUCACCACCAUGCAGCAUCAACACACCCGGGACUCCAACAGCAAGCCCUCCUUCUUUUCAGCCUUACAAUUUUUCUACAUGAAGGUUAGAGACACCAUUCAAGAGAGCUUUUUCGUUCCCAGAGCAGAGCGGAACGGAAGCUCCUCAAGCUCCGACGCCUCCGCAGUCGAAGCGGUUGGCUCGCGAGCCAAAACCGUCCAGAGUCUGGACGAAACUCCUAAUCAAGAAGACGAGGUCAAUCACACCCAUAAUAUCAUGCACGACUCUGAGCUAGAGGCUGCUAAUUUAGCUAGCUUCAGAAAGCGUCAAAAACUCAUCGAGAGACAGAUGAAAUCAAUUUUCAUCUACCCUAUUGCCUACGUAUCGGUCUGGCUCUUCCCUUUCCUCCUACAGUGUACUCAGUUCAAUCAUGAGCGGGAACAUGGACCAGUUUACUGGCUUAAUUACUUGGGAGCAUUCAUGCAACCGUUCAAUGGUUUCGUCGAUGCUCUAGUCUUCUUUUACCGUGAAGAGCCAUGGAAGUACACCAUUAUGAAAAACUAUGAAAAGGAUAAUGCGUUCCGUCUCGACAAUUACAUGCGCCACCAUAGCGGUGAUCUGAACUCUCUGCCGAGAAGAAGAAGAUUGAGCUCUUACAGUGCUGCCAUGUCCAUUGACAUGCAACAGUAUUCUUUGUGGAGAAGAAUCCUUGCGAAAUUACGUCUCCCACUCAUGGGUCUCCCCACAGAAGAGAACAUUGCAAAGUUUCAAAACAACUACCUCUCUUCUCGUCUUGAAGAGCAAAGAUCCUCCGCCGGUCAAAAUCUGGGAAGCGCUCAACCGGUUGAUGCAAAUGGAAACCCAGAUUUCACCACGUUAUUGACCAAGCAUGAUUUCUCCAAUCUCUUGAAUGGCGAUAUCACCGAGGGAGACUUUAGGCUGACUCUUGAAAACUACUCCCUCAAUUUCUCUAAAGAAAGGAGAUCGAGUUAUUCACAGGGCAAGCAAGAACCCAGAACAAGCAUGACUUCUCCCUCCAAUAAGUCGUCUAGGUCCAGAAGGCUCUCCAUGAUGGAUCCGCACGAGCCCAUUCCUGAAUCUAAAGAGUACGUUCCUCAAGAAACUAGUGCUGGCCACAGGAAAGGAACCGCCUCGUAUGCGAAUAGUAAGCGUCCUUCGCAAAGAAGUGAGCGUUCAAGCAGUGUGGGCGAAGACGUCGAGCUCGAUUUCUUGCAAUUCUUACGUGACGGGCCCUAA